AGAGUCUCACUAUGUUGCCCAGGCUAGACUCAAACUCCUGGGCUCAAGUGAUUCUCCCGCCUCAGCCUCAGGAGUAGUUGGGACUGCAGAUGAGAGAACCAUGGUGCACAACGCCUGGCUCUUCCUUGUUCUUUACAUGGCGAAUUGCUAAGUCUAGUUGAUUCUGUUGUAAUGCCCAACCUUGCUUUUACUAACCCUGGUUUUUAGACUCUCCCUUUUCCUUUCAUCACCUAGCCUUGUUUCCACCUGAAUUGACUCUCAUUUAGCUAAAAGAGCCAGACAGACUCCAUCUUGGCUCUUUCACUGGCAGCCCCUUCCUCAAGGACUUAACUUGUGCAAGCUGACUCCUAGCACGUCCAAGAAUGCAAUUAACUGAUAAGAUACUGUGGUGAGCAAUAUCCGUAAUUCCCAGGAAUUCGUCUGAUUGAUGACGCCCAAAGCCCCGCGUCUAUCACCUUGUAAUAGUCUUAAAGCCCCUGCACCUGGAAGGAACUGUUUACUUUCCUGUAACCAUUUAUCCUUUUAACUUUUUUGCCUACUUUAUUUCUGUAAAAUUAUUUUAAGUAGACUCUCCUCCCCUUUCUAAACCAAAAUAUAAAAGAAAAUCUAGCCCUUUCUUCAGGGCCGAGAGAACUUUAAGUGUUAGCCGUCUCUUGGCCGCCAGCUAAAUAAACGGACUCUUAUUUCGUCUCAAAGUGUGGUGUUUUUUCUAACUCGCUCAAGUACAACACUCUCUCUGUAAAUUUCAUAAGAGAUGUGUGCGUCUUAGUUUGAAUCUCCCCAAACAGACCUUGAGACGAGGAUUUGGGUGCAGGUAAUUGAAUAUGGAGCUGAUCUUGGAGUGCAUGAGUGAGGAAGUGGAAAGUGUGAGACAAAGAAAAACAAGUAAAGGGUGGGUGAUUGAGCUGGUUGCUGCUCUGGUCAAUGAGGGCCCACGUCCACUAGGGGCUCUCUGAGAAACUCUGCAGAACCACGGUUCUCAAACUUCAGCAAGCUCUUGGGCAUGCCGGGUCUUGCUAUGUUGCCCAGGCUGGUCUCAAACUCCUGGCCUCAAGCGAGCCUCUUGCCUCGGCCUCCGAAAGCGCUGGGAUUACAGGCAUGAGCCACCACGUAGAGCCUGUUGAUUAAUUUGAAAAUGCCCUGCCCCAGACUGGGGGUCCUGAUCCAGUAGCCUUGGAGUGGGCCCCAGAAAGGGCCGCGGUGUGAACUGCAUCUCAGAACUAUGGCGCUCCGAGAGGGCAGCGACUCGCCAGAGUCGGUCAGCCAGGCCUCGCCUAAAGGCAGAGAAGCCAAGAGUGCCCAGGAGCGCCUGGCGAAGCUUCCUGGCUCCCAGCCCUGCCCGGGUGGCAGCGGCGUCCGCGUUUCCCGGGCGACGAGGGUGGCGCGGCUCGAUGACGUCAGGGAGCCCGCGGCUCCGGCCCCGCCCAUGGGACGGACGGAGGCCGAGAGGCGUUGCGGGAGAGCAGUGGGGCCAGGCCGGAGACAGCUGCGCUGUGUGGGCAGCUAGUCCUAGUCCUCCGAGUGGGUCGCGGGCCGACAGGCAUUCCCUGAGCGCCUGCUACGUGAGUUGGACAGUGCAGAGCAGCGGGGACCAGCGAGCCCGAAGGCUCUCAUCACGCGAUGGCAUCCACUGUGGAAGGAGGCGACACAGCUCUGCUCCCAGAAUUCCCCAGGGGGCCCCUCGACGCCUACCGAGCAAGAGCGUCCUUCAGCUGGAAGGAGCUGGCGCUGUUCACGGAAGGGGAGGACAUGCUCCGCUUUAAGAAAACCAUCUUCUCAGCUCUCGAAAACGACCCUCUUUUCGCCCGUUCCCCUGGAGCUGAUCUGUCCUUGGAGAAGUAUCGCGAGCUGAACUUCCUUCGAUGCAGGCGGAUCUUCGAGUAUGACUUCCUCAGUGUCGAAGACAUGUUCAAGAGCCCUCUGAAGGUCCUCACCUUGAUUCAGUGCCUGGGGAUGUAUGACUGUUCUCUGGCUGCCAAGUACCUCAUCCAUAGCUUGGUUUUUGGAUCAGCAAUUUACAGUUCUGGUUCUGAAAGACAUCUCACAUAUAUUCAAAAGAUCUUCAGGAUGGAGAUUUUUGGAUGUUUUGCUCUGACCGAGUUAAGUCAUGGCAGUAAUACCAAGGCCAUUCGCACGACUGCCCACUACGAUCCUGCCACUGAGGAAUUCAUCAUACAUUCCCCUGAUUUCGAAGCUGCCAAGUUUUGGGUUGGCAACAUGGGCAAGACAGCCACUCACGCGGUGGUGUUUGCUAAGCUGUAUGUGCCGGGGGACCAGUGCCAUGGGCUGCAUCCCUUUAUCGUGCAGAUCCGGGACCCGAAGACCCUUCUUCCCAUGCCCGGAGUGAUGGUCGGCGACAUAGGGAAAAAACUCGGGCAGAACGGUCUGGAUAAUGGUUUCGCCAUGUUCCACAAGGUCAGAGUUCCUCGCCAGAGCCUUCUGAACCGGAUGGGAGACGUCACCCCCGAGGGCACCUACGUCAGCUCCUUUAAGGACGUCAGGCAGCACUUUGGAGCGACCCUGGGGAGCCUGUCCUGGAGCCGGGUCUCCAUCGUGAGCCUGGCCAUCCUUAACCUAAAGCUGGCCGUGGCCAUCGCUCUUCGCUUCUCAGCCACUCGGCGUCAGUUUGGACCCACAGAGGAGGAGGAAAUACCAGUGCUUGAGUAUCCAAUGCAGCAAUGGCGCUUGCUUCCAUAUCUGGCAGCUAUCUACGCCUUAGACCACUUCUCCAAGUCGCUCUUCCUGGACCUGAUGGAGCUCCAGCAAGGACUUGCAUCAGGAGACCGCAGCACCAGACAGGCAGAGCUUGGACGUGAGAUCCACGCCCUGGCAUCGGCCAGCAAGCCCCUGGCCUCGUGGACCACCCAGCAAGGAAUUCAGGAAUGCCGGGAGGCGUGUGGAGGACACGGCUAUCUGGCCAUGAACCGGUUGGGUGUCCUUAGAGAUGACAACGAUCCCAACUGCACAUACGAAGGUGACAACAACAUCCUACUGCAGCAGACAAGCAAUUAUUUGCUGGGCCUCCUGGCACACCAGGUCCAGGAUGGAGCUUGCUUCCGCAGUCCACUGAAGUCAGUGGACUUUCUGGAUGCCUAUCCCGGCAUCCUUGACCAGAAGUUUGAAGUCUCCAGUGUUGCCGACUGCUUGGACUCUGCAGUCGCCCUGGCAGCAUACAAGUGGCUGGUUUGCUACCUGCUCCGAGAGACUUAUCAAAAAUUAAACCAAGAGAAAAGAUCAGGAAGCAGUGACUUUGAAGCAAGGAACAAAUGCCAGGUGUCCCACGGCCGUCCGUUGGCGCUGGCCUUCGUGGAGCUCACGGUGGUCCAGAGAUUCCACGAGCACGUGCACCAGCCCUGCGUGCCGCCCUCGCUGCGGGCCGUGCUGGGGCGGCUCAGUGCUCUGUACGCCCUGUGGUCCCUGAGCCGCCACGCGGCCCUGCUCUACCGAGGAGGAUACUUCUCCGGUGAGCAGGCGGGAGAAGUGUUGGAGAGUGCCGUCCUGGCCUUGUGUUCCCAGCUGAAAGACGACGCAGUUGCCCUGGUAGACGUGAUCGCUCCUCCUGACUUUAUUCUGGACUCACCGAUUGGCAGAGCCGACGGCGAGCUCUACAAAAACCUCUGGGGCGCUAUCCUGCAGGAAAGCAAGGCGUUGGAGCGGGCGUCCUGGUGGCCAGAGUUUUCUGUGAACAAACCUGUCAUAGGAAGUCUGAAAUCGAAGCUCUAGUGGGACCGGCACACAUUCAGCCAAGUCUAAUGAAACGAAGGGAACUAAUCAGACGUGGACCUCACCUUCUGAUUCCAGAACACGCCGGAAAUUGCUGCUGCCUUCUGAGCCCACACCUCUGCGCCUAAACUGCUGAUUGGCCUCAACCACCCAGGCGGACAGGAGGGAGGCGCCUGGCCAGCUGGGCUAAUCUGGGAUCGCGGUGAUUUGCAGCGUGGAAAAGAAAUGCAGAUGAUCAUGUCUACCUGAUGCGCUGUGGGAUUUUUGAUAAUUAGAAUUUCGCACAUUCAGUUUUCAGGGUUCAGCUCCUUUCUCUAAAGUCGACAGCCCGUUGUCAGGGAUUUUCUGGUCAGACAACCUGUGAUUCCUCUAGAUUUUUUAUGGAGCUCCACUUCAUUAAGAAGUCAGUGGUGCCAGUCUGGUUCUUUGUCAGCUCUCCCUCGGAUUUGUCACAUAAUCGAAUUAUGUCAUAACCUUAUUAAUUUGCACAUAGAUCAUCUGAAUGUUAUGAUUUAAGACUUAAGGAGGAACAUCUGUUUGAUUACUUUUGUGGAACUGGAAAUUUCCGUCGAGGAAAUGUUUUUUUAAAAAGUCUAAUGAUUUGAAUGGGCAAUUCAGUCUCCAACCGCUCCCCCUCCCCCUGCCGCCAGUUAUAUACAAAUCACUUCAUUCGUAA